AAUACAAUAAAAUAAACCAAAUUGACCUGUGCCCUAGCCCCUCUCAUCUUCAUCUUCGAUCUUCUCUGCCUCUCGCACUUGAGUCGCGACUCACCCAUCCACCACCGGCCAACCUCUCCUCUCAACUCUCCAUAUCGUCAGCUGUUCUUCUUCUCUGACCCUCCUACAAUUGUGAAGAUUGAAGACUGAAAUCUUCUGGGCCUGAUGAUUUUGAAGAAUAAAAUUAGUAAACAUUAGCAACUUCUCAGGCUCUUGACUCUCACUGCCAAGUCUGCCUUGAUGGACUAUCCCUGCCACUCCUCAGUCGUUUCUGAUUCAAAAACUCCAUCGAAGCUAGCUGCCAUGUUUUGAGUUAUCGUGUAUAGAUAUUGAUCGUUGGAUUUUGGGGUUCAAUUUUCUGGAUAUUCAACUAUUAAUUAAUUGAAGGUGGAGGAAAAAUGUCUUUUGAUCUUAUGUUGAAGCCAUCAUGUAGUGGAUGUGGUUCCACCACAGACUUAUAUGGAAGCAACUGCAAGCACAUGACUCUAUGCUUGACUUGUGGCAAAACCAUGGCUGAGAAUCGCGGAAAAUGCUACGAUUGUGGUGCUGCAGUAACUCGCUUGAUUCGGGAAUACAAUGUCCGAGCUAGUCCUUCCAGUGACAAGAACUACUUUAUUGGUAGAUUUGUGACAGGGCUACCAAGUUUUUCAAAGAAGAAAAAUGCUGAGAAUAAAUGGUUGCUCCAAAAAGAAGGACUUCAAGGACGUCAACUAACUGAUGCAUUGCGGGAGAAAUACAAGAAUAAACCUUGGCUAUUGGAGGAUGAAACAGGCCAGUUUCAAUACCAAGGUCAUCUUGAAGGCUCACAAUCAGCAACUUACUAUCUAUUGAUAUUGCAGGGGAAAGAGUUUGUUGCUAUUCCUGCUGGUUCUUGGUAUAACUUUAACAAGGUUGCUCAAUAUAAGCAACUUACUUUGGAGGAAGCGGAAGAGAAGAUGAGGAACAGGAGAAAGACUGCAGAUGGAUACCAAAGAUGGAUGAUGAAAGCUGCAAAUAAUGGAGCUGCUGCAUUUGGUGAGGUGGAAAAGUUUGAAGAUAAAGAAAGUGGAACAGCUGGUGGAAGGGCACGUAAAAAAGCAGGUGGUGAUGAUGAAGAAGGCAAUGUGUCCGACAGGGGAGAAGAAGAUGAAGAGGAGGAGGCAGCAAGGAAAAAUAGGCUUGGACUUAACAAACGUGGUGGUGACGACGAUGAGGAAGGUCCAAGGGGAGGAGAUCAUGAUAUUGACGAUGAUGAUACUGAGAAAGGUGAUGAUUGGGAGCAUGAAGAAAUUUUCACUGAUGAUGAUGAAGCAGUUGGUAAUGAUCCGGAGGAACGGGAAGACUUGGCCCCUGAGGUUCCUGCUCCUCCAGAAAUCAAGCAGGAUGAAGAUGAUGAAGAUGACGAGAAUGAGGAAGGUGGACUGAGUAAAUCUGGCAAGGAGUUGAAGAAGCUUCUUGGGAGAGCUGGUGGACUGAAUGAUUCAGAUGCAGAUGGCGACGAUGAUGAUGAGGAUAUGGAGGAAGAUGAUCUUUCUCCUGUAUUGGCUCCAAAGAAGGAUGCACCUAAGGAGGAACCUGCUGAUAACAGUCCUGCAAAACCAAUGCCUUCUGGUUCUGCUAAAGGGACCCCAUCUACUUCCAAGUCUGCAAAGGGAAAAAGAAAAUUAAAUGGUGAUGAUGCAAAAACAUCUGCUGGCGGACCUCAAAAGAAGGUGAAGGCAGAAAAUGAAUUAAAACCUACUGUGAAAGAAGAAAGUGUGCCUACUGCUAAAAGUAGUGCAACUCCUAAAGGGUCACCAUCAUCACUGAAAACAGGGUCAACUUCACCCGUCACUGAAGAAGAGAUCAGGGCUGUUUUGUUGCAAAAUGGGCCCGUGACCACACAGGAUCUUGUUGCUAGGUUUAAAUCACGACUGAAAGGUUCUGAGGAUAAGAAGGCUUUUGCAGAAAUCCUGAGGAGAAUUUCUAAGAUUCAGAAGACUGGCGGAUCUAGCUACGUUGUUAUCAAGAGAUAGAUGAUCCUUUUUCUUUCUGCUACAGAUUUUAUCUUAUUGAAUUGCAAGUUUCUAAGAUUCAGAAAGACUAGCAGAUUUAGCUACAUGUUAUUAAGAGAUAAUUAUUCUUUUUUCUGCCAAUUGCAUAUAAUCUUAUUCUAACUACAAAUGCAUCUAUCCUUGUGAAUUCUA